CGUAACAGUCGCUCGUAAACUUGCGUGCGGUUCACGUGCGUUCUUGAUGUAUCGAGGACGAGCGUCUCGUAACUCGCGAAGCAGCGAAUUUUGCCGUGGGAUCGUUGGCUCUUUCCAAAACUUGCUCGAUAAUGUGAUUUUCCUGAUGAAGAAAAAGAAGUGAUGCACAUGGAUGAAACGGAGCGAUGAAACUCCAUUUUUCGCGCAACGAUGUUUGGUCGAAUUUAGAAACAUCGAUGGCCCGUCGUCGAGUGUCGAUUGCGUGGCAUUAAACAAAGAAAAAAGAAGAAGAAACAGUAGUGCGGAAUCUCACGAUAUCGUAUCGAAUUCUAAUAAACAUCGUCUUGAGUAUCGUGGAAUCUUACGCGAUUGCAGCAGUGUGCUUUUUUCGCGAUCACUUCGAGUUCUUCUGUUUCUAUUCUCGAGGCACCUCGUUAGAAAAUAGUCUCCUCCGGAGACUAUUGCGCGGAUCGUGACAGAUUCAGUUUUUGCCUCUUUUCCAUGUCGGUUUCCUUGGAUCGCAAACGGAGUCAUCGGAUAACUCGUGUAUCGGGGCGCGAUAAGAUGUGACCGGGGCGGGUGUGCCAUGAUCGGUGGUUUCUCGGAGCGAAUUUAUCGUAUCUGGGCGGCUGCGGAUGAUCGGUUCUUCAUCAUCAGCUCUCAAGAAUCCUCGCUCCGGUCGGCCACGUGUCGGGUGUUAUCGGACAGAAUUCGCACGUAGGGAGCCGAUUAUGCGAACGAGUUCAUUCAUCGUGCGGAUUCCAGCUCGCCGGAAGUGACGACGACUUCCUCGCUUCCUCGCUCGUGGUGGUGCGCGUACAUACGCGCGUACACGCACGCGGUGCGUUGCGCCAGUCGAGAGUGCAUCGUGCAACAAACACACACGUCCUCGUACUCGUCCACACGCGCGUGACACAUACGGACACGUGCGCGCGCGCGCUCGCUGACCUAGAGGAAGCGAAAGGAGAAGAAAGAGAGGAUGUCGACUCGCCGCCGAGCGACCGCGACCGCGUCGUGCGACGAGAUGCAGCGUCCUGUUGUCGGUCGACGGUCAGUGGCUCUUUGAAGGUUUCGUCUUAUCGACGAUGGACAGGAUCGGUCGAGCGGACGUCUGCACGGGAGAAGUCGCGCUUCGUGUCGUUGUUAUUGUUGUUCCCCGACGCCGCGGUAGCCAGCAGCACGAUUAUGCAGCUGAAGAAAGCGAUGCUUAAGAUAUUGGAUCAAUGCCUGCACUUGCGGAGCAUCGAGGAGCCGAGGAUGACGGCGGAAACGGCGGCUCCCUGCGUCCAGGGAGUGCAAGGAGCACAGGGCAGCGUGGCCAACCAGAAUGUGUUGCAACAGGUGCAGGAUGGAAGCGGCGGCAGUGGUGGCGGCGGUGCUUAUUAUUCCUCGACAUCGACAGUGUAUGAUCCAGAGUACGCUCGCAUGGAAGCAUGGCUCGACGAGCAUCCCGACUUCGUCAAUGACUACUUUCUACGGAAGGUAACACGGCAGACUGUAGAUUUGUGGCUAGUAUCACACGCGACGCCAACCUCUUCGUCCAGCAGUUGCAUAGAACUCUCGAGCCCGACUCACGGUGGUAAUUCGUCAUCCGGACGUGCUGGUGGUGGUGGUGCCGGAGGUUCUGGAGCUACGACACCCGUCCGUAAAAUUUCGGCGCACGAGUUCGAACGAGGCGGCCUUUUAAAACCGAUCGUUAACACAAUCGACGGGACGCCGACGUUUUUGAGUGUAUCACCAGGUGAUAUGGGUCAAGCAGGUAGUACCCAGGUCGGGUCCGGUAACUCGAAUCGACCGCAAAGACGAUCCCGACACGAACUCCGGCAUUUAGACGAGAAAGACCUUAUUUUUGAAUUGGUCAAGGACAUCUGCAAUGAGCUGGACGUGAGAUCAUUGUGCCAUAAAAUCCUGCAAAAUGUAAGCAUGCUUCUUCAUGCGGAUCGCGGGUCGUUGUUCCUCGUCCAGGGCGAGAAAACCACUGUCAACAUAUCAUCUCCUCACGUCGGGAAUCACGAAGUCACCGCGAUUGAUUCCGACAACGGCGAUACCCGACGUAAUGAUCCGUCCUCCGGUCCGAGAGGCCGAUGUCUGGUGUCAAAACUUUUCGACGUUUGCUCGAGAUCGACGUUGCUAGAGAUGGAAAAAAAGGAUGAAAUUAAAAUUCCCUGGGGCACGGGGAUCGUCGGUUACGUCGCUGAAAGCGGAGAACCCGUCAAUAUACCAGAUGCUUAUAAGGACUCGAGGUUUAAUCGCGAAAUUGACGCGUUAACGGGAUACCGUACGCGUGCCUUACUGUGCAUGCCUAUUAAAGAUUGCAAUAGUGACGUAAUUGGCGUAGCACAGGUAAUCAACAAGCUCGGCGGCGAAGGACAAUUCACCGCGCAGGACGAAAAGAUUUUUGCCGGUUAUUUACAGUUUUGUGGUAUCGGCUUAAGAAACGCGCAGCUUUACGAGAAAAGUCAAUUGGAAGUGAAAAGAAAUCAAGUUUUAUUGGAUCUGGCUCGAAUGAUUUUCGAGGAACAAAGUACGAUAGAGCACAUGGUUUUUAGAAUUCUUACGCAUACGCAAUCGUUGAUUCAAUGCCAACGUGUUCAGGUGUUGCUCGUGCACAAAGCUUCAAAAGGCAGUUUCUCGCGCGUCUUUGACUUUGAAGCAAACGAUCUCGCUGUCGAGGAUUCUGAUUCUCGUACUAGUCCAUUUGAGAGUAGAUUUCCUAUUAAUGUUGGCAUCACGGGUUACGUAGCGACAACCGGUGAAACUGUCAACAUACCAAACGCUUAUGAGGACCCGAGAUUCGAUCCGUUAGUGGAUGACGGUACCGGUUUUAAACACCGUACAAUUCUUUGCAUGGCCAUCAAGAAUUCCUCCUGUCAAAUAAUCGGUGUUAUUCAAUUGAUUAAUAAAUUCGAUGAUCUGCCGUUUACAAAGAACGAUGAAAAUUUCGUCGAAGCGUUCGCGAUAUUUUGUGGGAUGGGAAUUCAUAAUACGCACAUGUAUGAGAAGGCUGUGAUAGCAAUGGCGAAACAGAGCGUCACUUUGGAAGUAUUGAGUUACCAUGCAUCGGCGUCAUUGGAAGACGCGCAGAGAUUGAGGAGUUUACGAGUCCCGUCAUCGGUACAUUUUAAACUGCACGAUUUCAAGUUUGACGAUAUAUAUAUGCAGGACGACGACACUCUUACCGCGUGUCUCAGAAUGUUUCUCGAUUUGGACUUUGUUGAGCGGUUUCACAUCGAUUACGAUGUACUUUGCCGUUGGUUGUUGAGUGUGAAGAAAAAUUAUCGAAAUGUUACGUAUCACAAUUGGCGACAUGCCUUUAAUGUGGCUCAAAUGAUGUUUGCCAUUUUGACAGCUACACAAUGGUGGAAGAUCUUUGGUGAAAUCGAAUGCCUUGCGCUUAUCAUCGCUUGUUUGUGUCACGAUCUUGAUCAUCGCGGAACAAACAAUUCUUUUCAAAUAAAAGCUUCCUCGCCAUUGGCACAGCUGUACUCGACCUCAACAAUGGAACAUCAUCACUUUGAUCAAUGUCUGAUGAUCUUGAGUAGUCAGGGAAAUCAAAUUCUAUCGAAUCUUUCGCCGGAAGAAUAUUCGCGCGUAGUGAAGGUUCUCGAAGAUGCGAUACUCUCAACCGAUUUGGCCGUUUACUUUAGAAAGCGUGGCGCUUUUCUUAGUUUAGCACGCAGUGGCGGUUAUAAUUGGGCCUACAGUGAUCAUCGAGAUCUUUUGCGCGGAAUGCUGAUGACAGUUUGUGAUCUGGCCGCGAUUACUAAACCAUGGGAAAUCGAGAAAAGAGUAGCCGAACUUGUUAGUAGCGAGUUUUUUGAACAAGGUGAUAUAGAGAGACGGACGCUUAACAUUACACCUAUUGAUAUUAUGAAUCGAGAGAAAGAAGAUCAAUUACCAAUGAUGCAAGUCGGCUUUAUCAAUUCAAUCUGUCUUCCUAUUUACGAGGCAUUUACCCAGCUAUCGGAUAAGCUUAUGCCGCUCGUUGAUGGAGUUAGAAUGAAUAAACAACAUUGGCUGGAAAUCGCCGAAAGCAAGGGUCAAGCGGAGAAUUGCACAAAUCAUGAUAGGACGCCGUCAACAUCGGUAUCCGAUAACGAGGAGACCAGCGAACAAGCGGACCAAUAG